CUUUUAUUUUCCGAACACGCCCUUUUCUUUCUAUAGUGGAAUGGAAUUUUUAUUGACUCUGCACAAGGCAACUCCAACCGAUUUGGCAGGCCACUGUGUUCUUUCGAUCAGUGUUCUUUCAUGGUCGUUGUGUGUCUGCCCAGUCAAAGAAGCCCCCAAGUCCAUGCUGCAUACUGCUAUCCGAUUACUGGAACUAGCUUCGAUGGAACGAUGGCUUUUCACGGAUUAUGGGAAAUAAUUGAUUGGCUGAUUCGGAAUUUCUCUUCGUACUUGCCUUGUUGGAUCGCAGAAAACUGAGUACUUUGCUGAAUUCGAUAUUCUGAAAUUUGCAGAUUGAGUCACUUUAGAAUCUUGAUAGCUUCUUGGUGUUGGUGGUGAUUAUUUCAGCAAUGUCUCUGUUGACUUCUUUAGUAUGCUAAAUUGAUAUAAUGGCUGGAACAAGGUUUUCCUAUCUGAAACGUCUCCAGAAAUAUUCAGUUAAGGGUUCUUUUAACGUGGAAUUAGUUCAACCAAAUAAACAUAUUAUGAACCUUACAAGGUGCAUGGAUUGCGUUCAUUCAAGAUUUCUGAGCAAUUCAUUCAGUCAAGCUUAUUCCAAAAGAGAGUCACAGUUACCUGAGCAUAUAGCCAAGAACCAGUUCAGAACUAUGACGUAUGGAAGCAGCAACCCCUUCAAUACCAAACCCGGGGAUUCUUUUUCUCCUAAAUUUUCUAGUUUUUCUCUCCACAAGGCUCUCCCUUUUGCUUCAAUGACCCUCUUGUUGAAUCAUCGACCGUAUUCAUCAUCUCUGAGCGGCAAGGGAAGUAGAGAUGGGAGCACUGAUUUUCCAUCUGAUUCUGGGGCAAGUGACAUGAAUGCCAGCAGUGACUCUAUUGGUACAAGUGAUUGGGCUGAUAAAAUCAAAGAUACUUGGCAGAGUGUGGUGGAGACAGUAACAUAUUCUGCACAAAAGGUUAAAGACGCCUCUGAUGAGCUGACUCCAUAUGCUCAACAGUUGCUCAAUUCACAUCCAUACCUUAAUGAUGUGGUUAUUCCAGUUGGUGGUACAUUGACUGCUACACUCAUAGCGUGGAUUGUGAUGCCUCGGAUUUUAAGGAAAUUUCACAAGUAUGCAAUGCAAGGCCCUGCUGCAAUAUUUCCAGGAAGCACAGCUGAGGAGCAAGUUCCUUAUGGGAAAAGCUUUUGGGGUGCUAUGGAGGAUCCAGUACGAUAUUUGGUUACCUUCAUGGCAUUCGCACACAUUGGUGUUGUGGUAGCUCCAACAUCUGUAGCCUCGCAAUACCUGACACAGGCUUGGAGGGGUGCAGUGAUCCUUUCAUUUGUGUGGUUUUUGUAUCGAUGGAAAACAAAUGUCUUGACACGUAUUUUGUCUAGUCAAAAGUUGCUCAGGCUUGAUCGGGAUAAAUUGCUCACUCUAGACAAAAUAUCAUCUGUUGGUCUAUUUGUGAUUGGUAUAAUGGCUUUAGCCGAGGCUUGUGGUGUGGCUGUGCAAUCUAUUAUAACUGUUGGUGGUAUAGGAGGAGUUGCCACUGCUUUUGCUGCCAGAGACAUACUUGGCAAUGUAUUCAGUGGGUUGUCUAUGCAAUUUUCAAAGCCCUUUACAGUUGGAGAUACAAUAAAAGCUGGCUCGGUAGAGGGUCAGGUGGUGGAAAUGGGACUUACUACUACAUCAUUACUAAAUGCUGAGAAGUUCCCAGUUGUAGUACCAAACUCACUUUUUUCUAGCGAGGUAAUCGUGAAUAAGUCCCGUGCUGAAUGUCGAGCCAUCAUAUCUAAAAUUCCUUUGCGAAUUGAGGAUAUAAAUAGAAUUCCCAAGAUAUCAAAUGACAUAAAGAGUAUGCUAGGAACAAAUACCAAGGUUUUCUUGGAGAAAGAGGUCCCUUACUGUUACUUGUCUCGCAUUGAAAGCUCAUAUGCAGAAUUGACUCUUGGAUACAACCUCAAGCACAUGCGUAAAGAUGAGCUGUACUCUGCAGAACAAGAUAUUCUCCUGCAGGCAGCCCAGAUUAUUAAGAUGAAUGGUGCUGAAGUUGGCAGUACCUGUCAAAACAUGCCUUAGGCUAUUGUCAUGAAGAAGAACGAUCCUUUGUCAAUUUCUUUAUGCUUGACUUCAAUGAUGGAAGAUGUGAUUUUUUGAAUUUGAUUUUUGGUCUGGAUUAACACCAGUUUUGGAGUUUAGGUUAUUGUCAUACUUUGUUAUUGACGUUGUUUUGUAAUUAAUGUCAAUUCUCUUUUUCCUCUCUCUAUGUAUCUCUAUUUAUGAAA